UUCUUUCAGCUCGCCUCUCACACUUCACAGGCAGCGACGGUAGGUCAGGGUUCUCCUCCCUUGGCAGCCCCAAUCGAGCAGUUGAAGCCUCGAAAUCAUGGCGGCAGCUGUGGAGUCCGUGCAGUGCUUUGGCAGGAAGAAGACGGCGGUUGCGGUGACCUACUGCAAGCGCGGCCGCGGUCUGAUCAAGAUCAACGGCGUCCCCAUCGAGCUCGUGGAACCGGAAAUCCUCCGGUUCAAGGCGUACGAGCCCAUCCUCCUCCUCGGGCGUCACCGCUUCGCCGGCGUCGACAUGAGGAUCCGCGUCAAGGGAGGCGGGCACACGUCGCAGAUCUACGCUAUCCGUCAGAGCAUUGCCAAGGCUCUGGUCGCCUUCUACCAGAAGUACGUUGAUGAGCAGAGCAAGAAGGAGAUCAAGGACAUCUUGGUCAGGUACGAUAGGACCCUGCUUGUCGCAGACCCGAGGAGAUGCGAGCCCAAGAAGUUCGGUGGUCGUGGUGCUCGUGCAAGGUUCCAGAAGAGUUACCGUUGAGGGAGAAAUUGGAUGCAUAUUGGACAACUCCUUGCCUUGUUUUGCUUUUCCAUUCAUGGUUUCGGUUUUUUACUUUGGAGUUGAGGACAUGGCUAUGGAUUCUAGAAAGUUGCUGCCAUUUUGAGAUAUUAAGAAGCUUCUUAACGGACCAUAUACUUUGUGUUUGUUUUUGUGGACUAGAUUUAGUGUCUCAACUCGUUGUCCGAGCUUAUCAAAAACUGCCUCCUGAACUUGCGUAUUCAUACAUCUUUGAUGCACUCCGAGUAUCGUAUGAAUUUAUCUGCAGUAUUAGUAA